CUUCUCCUCCCCGGGGGUGGGGAGCCGGCUCCGGAAGCCCCGGCGCCCCCGCCCCGGCCCCCGCCAGCGCUUUGGAGACGGCUAUCCGCGCGCGAGUGCGCCACGCGGGGCCGGAGCGCCUAUCGCCGCCAGGGCCUCGGAGCGCCCCGACCACCCCUGAGCCCCUCCGGCCUCAGAGCCCCCUAGCACCCCCCUUCCCGGGUCCCCUCGCCCACCCUAAUCCACUCUCCCGCCCUUUCCCGGAUUCCCUUGCUCACCCCAUCGUCUCUCCCGCCCCUUCCUGGAUUCCCUCACCCGUCUCGAUCCCCUCUCCGCCCUUUCCCAGAGCCCCCAGAGUCCUUGACCCCCCGCGCCCUCCACGGAGCCCCCCGCGCGUGCCGCGACCAUGGCGGCCGUGCGCGGGGCGCCCCUGCUCGGCUGCCUCUUGGCGUUGCUGGCCCUGUGCCCCGGAGGGCGCCCGCAGACGGUGCUGACCGACGACGAGAUCGAGGAGUUCCUCGAGGGCUUCCUGUCAGAGCUAGGACCUGAGCCCCGGGAGGACGACAUGGAGGCCCCGCCGCCUCCCGAGCCCACCCCGCGGGUCCGAAAAGCCCAGGCGGGGGGCAAGCCAGGGGCGCGGCCGGGGGCGGCCGCAGAAGCUUCAGGUCAUCCCUCCCUCCUGCCUUUGCCUUCCUACUCCAGGAGGACUCACGUAGUGCCUCCGGAAAAGACCAAAGACAAAGGGAAGAAAGGCAAGAAAGACAAAGGCCCCAAGGUGCCCAAGGAGUCCCUGGAGGGGUCCCCCAAGCCACCCAAGAAGGGGAAGGAGAAGCCACCCAAGGCCACCAAGAAGCCCAAGGAGAAGCCACCUAAGGCCACCAAGAAGCCCAAGGAGAAGCCACCCAAGGCCACCAAGAAGCCCAAGGAGAAGCCACCCAAGGCCACCAAGAAGCCCCCAUCAGGGAAGAGGCCCCCCACUCUGGCUCCCUCAGAAACCCUGGAGUGGCCACUGCCCCCACCCCCCAGCCCUGGCCCCGAGGAGCUACCCCAGGAGGGAGGGGGGCCCCUCCCAAAUAACUGGCAGAAUCCAGGAGAGGAGACCCGUGUGGAGGCACGGGAGCACCAGCCUGAGCCGGAGGAGGAGACUGAGCUACCCACACUGGACUACAAUGACCAGAUCGAGAGGGAGGACUAUGAGGACUUUGAGUACAUUCGGCGCCAGAAGCAGCCCAGGCCACCCCCAAGCAGAAGGAGGAGGCCCGAGCGGGUCUGGCCAGAGCCCCCUGAGGAGAAAGCCCCGGCCCCAGCGCCAGCCCCGGAGGAGAGGAUUGAGCCACCUGUGAAGCCUCUUCUGCCCCUGCUGCCCCCUGACUAUGGUGAUGGCUACGUGAUCCCCAAUUAUGAUGACAUGGACUAUUACUUUGGGCCUCCUCCACCCCAGAAGCCCGAUGCUGAGCGCCAGACGGACGAAGAGAAGGAGGAGCUGAAGAAACCCAAAAAGGAGGAUGGCAGGCCCAAGGAGGAGACCGACAAGUGGGCAGUGGAGAAGGGCAAGGACCAUAAAGAGCCCCGAAAGGGCGAGGAGGUGGAGGAGGAGUGGACGCCUACAGAGAAAGUCAAGUGUCCCCCCAUUGGGAUGGAGUCACACCGUAUCGAGGACAACCAGAUCCGAGCCUCCUCCAUGCUGCGCCACGGCCUGGGGGCACAGCGCGGCCGGCUCAACAUGCAGGCCGGUGCCACCGAGGACGACUACUAUGAUGGCGCAUGGUGUGCCGAGGACGAUGCCAGGACCCAGUGGAUAGAGGUGGACACCAGGAGGACUACCCGGUUCACAGGCGUCAUCACCCAGGGCCGAGACUCCAGCAUCCAUGACGAUUUUGUGACCACCUUCUUCGUGGGCUUCAGCAACGACAGCCAGACGUGGGUGAUGUACACCAACGGCUAUGAGGAAAUGACCUUUCAUGGGAACGUGGACAAGGACACACCCGUGCUGAGUGAGCUCCCAGAGCCGGUGGUGGCCCGUUUCAUCCGCAUCUACCCACUCACCUGGAAUGGCAGCCUGUGCAUGCGCCUGGAGGUGCUGGGGUGCCCUGUGGCCCCUGUCUACAGCUACUAUGCACAGAACGAGGUGGUGGCCACCGAUGACCUGGAUUUCCGGCACCACAGCUACAAGGACAUGCGCCAGCUCAUGAAGGUGGUGAAUGAGGAGUGCCCCACCAUCACCCGCACUUACAGCCUGGGCAAAAGCUCGCGAGGCCUCAAGAUCUAUGCCAUGGAGAUCUCAGACAACCCUGGGGAGCAUGAACUGGGGGAGCCCGAGUUCCGCUACACUGCUGGGAUCCAUGGCAACGAGGUGCUGGGCCGAGAGCUGCUGCUGCUGCUCAUGCAGUACCUGUGCCGCGAGUACCGCGAUGGGAACCCGCGUGUGCGCAGCCUGGUGCAGGACACACGCAUCCACCUGGUGCCCUCACUGAACCCUGAUGGCUACGAGGUGGCAGCGCAGAUGGGCUCAGAGUUUGGGAACUGGGCGCUGGGAUUGUGGACCGAGGAGGGCUUUGACAUCUUUGAAGAUUUCCCGGAUCUCAACUCUGUGCUCUGGGGAGCUGAGGAGAGGAAAUGGGUCCCCUACCGGGUCCCCAACAAUAACUUGCCCAUCCCUGAACGCUACCUUUCGCCAGAUGCCACGGUAUCCACAGAGGUCCGAGCCAUCAUUGCCUGGAUGGAAAAGAACCCCUUCGUGCUGGGAGCAAAUCUGAACGGCGGUGAGCGGCUAGUAUCCUACCCCUACGACAUGACCCGAACGCCUACCCAGGAGCAGCUGCUGGCCGCAGCCAUGGCAGCCGCCCGCGGGGAGGAUGAGGAUGAGGUCUCUGAGGCCCAGGAGACCCCAGACCACGCCAUCUUCCGCUGGCUUGCCAUCUCCUUCGCCUCCGCCCACCUCACCUUGACCGAGCCCUAUCGCGGAGGCUGCCAAGCCCAGGACUACACCGGCGGCAUGGGCAUCGUCAACGGGGCCAAGUGGAACCCCCGGUCCGGGACUAUCAAUGACUUCAGUUAUCUGCAUACCAACUGCCUGGAGCUCUCCUUCUACCUGGGCUGUGACAAGUUCCCUCAUGAGAGUGAGCUGCCCCGCGAGUGGGAGAACAACAAGGAGGCGCUGCUCACCUUCAUGGAGCAGGUGCACCGCGGCAUUAAGGGGGUGGUGACAGACGAGCAAGGCAUCCCCAUUGCCAAUGCCACCAUCUCUGUGAGUGGCAUUAAUCACGGCGUGAAGACAGCCAGUGGUGGUGAUUACUGGCGAAUCUUGAACCCGGGUGAGUACCGCGUGACAGCCCACGCGGAGGGCUACACCCCGAGUGCCAAGACCUGUAAUGUUGACUAUGACAUCGGGGCCACUCAGUGCAACUUCAUCCUGGCUCGCUCCAACUGGAAGCGCAUCCGGGAGAUCAUGGCCAUGAACGGGAAUCGGCCUAUCCCACACAUAGACCCAUCGCGCCCUAUGACCCCCCAGCAGCGACGCCUGCAGCAGCGGCGCCUACAGCACCGUCUGCGGCUUCGGGCACAGAUGCGGCUGCGGCGCCUCAACGCCACCACCACCCUAGGCCCCCACACUGUGCCUUCCACGCUGCCCCCUGCCCCUGCCACCACCCUGAGCACUACCAUAGAGCCCUGGGGCCUUGUACCCCCAACCACCGCUGGCUGGGAGGAGUCGGAGACUGAGACCUACACAGAGGUGGUGACAGAGUUUGGGACCGAGGUGGAGCCCGAGUUUGGGACCGAGGUGGAGCCCGAGUUUGGGACCAAGGUGGAGCCCGAGUUUGAGACCCAGUUGGAGACUGAGUUUGAGACCCAGCUGGAGCCUGAGUUUGAGACCCAGCUGGAGCCUGAGUUUGAGGAGGAGGAGGAGGAGGAGGAGGAGGAGGAAGAGGAGAUAGCCACUGGCCAGGCAUUCCCCUUCACAACAGUUGAGACCUACACAGUGAACUUUGGGGACUUCUGAGAUCAGGGUCCUACCAAGGCCCCAGCCCAGCUCAAGCUACAGCAGUAGCACUUCCCAAGCCUGCUGACCACAGUCACAUCACCCAUCAGCACACGGAAGGCCCCUGGUGUGGACACUGAAAGGAAGGGCUGGUCCUGCCCCUUUGAGGGGGUGCAAACAUGACCGGGACCUAAGAGCCAGAAGCUGUGUGGAGGCUCCUGCUCCACCUGCCAGUCUCGUAAGAGAUGGGGUUGCUGCAGUGUUGUAGUAGUGGCAGAGGGAGGGAGCCGAGGUCACUCCAAUAAAACAAGCUCAUGGCACGGA